AUGGUACGGACUAAGGCUGACUGCGUGCCGGGCUCCUACCGCAAAGUGGUGGCCGCUCGGGCGCCCCGGAAGGUGCUGGGUCAUUCCAGCUUCGCCAACUCUUCUCUCUCACCUCAGUCCCGGAAAGCUGAAAGUAAGUAUGCAGGUGGAAACCCAGUAUGUGUACGGCCAACACCCACAUGGCAAAAAGGAAUUGGAGAAUUCUUUGGGAUGUCAUCUAAACUUUCAGAAAAAGAGAAUCAAAUUCCUGAUGAAGCAGAAGCAGGAAGUAGUGGCCUAGGAAAACCUAAAAGAAAAUCUUGUCCUUUGCGACCUGAUCCCACAGAGGAUGAUGAAUGUCCAGAUGAAGAGUAG